UUUCUCGCUCCCCCCCCCUUUCUUAUCGUUUUAGCGAUUUUAUUACUCGCACAAGGUAAUCUUGCGAAGAAAGGAUUGAAGAAAACACUCGAAAGCACGGCGCGCGAUAACUGUUUAAAAAUAUCCAGAGAGAUUCUGGAGACCAAAUUACGCAGCAUUUUCGCGAGGGACCGCACGAGUCUCAGUGACGGGACGCCCUUGAGAACGAAGUGUGUCCAUGACGAAAAUAGAGCGCCGAUAUAAUCGGCAAUUUAUAAUUGCCGCCACCUCUUCGUCCAGGAUGAUAAAAGUCGCGGUGUCGGCAGAAGCCGAUUGAUAAUUUCUAUUCUCGCUUCCCGUCUAAUUCGCGUCUCGUCGCGCACGCGACGCCGGCGAUAAGAUAAAGGACUCGUGGCUAGAUCUUCAAGGCUCGACGUGUCAAUAAUGUAUACAUGUAACAUAACGCGAAUGUAAGACGACCGGCGCCGCCGGCCGCGUCGGAAACGAAAGUUGCCGGAGCGGCGAAUGUGAAUUACGCGCCGCAGAAAUCUGGAACGUGAGGAUGUCGUAUGGAUAUACAGAGUAGAUAAUACGCAAAUAUUAUACGAUGUCCAGAAUAUUUCAACCAACGAGGGGAUCAUUGAAUAUCGAAGAAAAGACAGAAAUUACAUCUAAAAGUCAUAAGUUAAUGAUCAAUUAUGGAAUUAUUAAACCACUUAGCAUUGGCAUGUAUGCUCUAUUGCCACUAGGAAUACGAAUUUUAAAUAAAUUAAUCGAUAUUGUUGACAAAGAAAUGACAAAUAUCGGUGCACAAAAAAUAUUACUUCCAGCGUUAACUCCUGCUGCGCUGUGGAAGAAAACUGAUAGAUAUGAUUCCAACAUAACCGAACUGUUUACAAUUACGGAUAGACACAAGAAAGAAUAUAUAUUGAGUCCAACAUAUGAAGAAGCAAUCUGUGAUUUGGUAUCGUCAGAAGGACAAUCUGUCCAGAUUUCCACUAAAUUAUUACCCUUGAAGUUAUAUCAAAUUUCUAGCAAAUGGCGAGACGAAAUGAAACCACGACUUGGUUUCCUACGUAGUCGAGAAUUUAUCAUGAAGGACUUAUACACGUUUGAUACUAGCUUGGACAACGCACGACAUACAUAUGAUUUAGUCUGCGAGUCUUAUAAUAAUAUUUUUAGGCAGAUUGGUAUAAAAUAUACAAAAAGCAUAGGUGAUGUGGGAACAAUUGGAGGUCUGAUGUCACAUGAAUAUCAUUACGUUUCUGAUAUCGGUGAAGACACGAUACUUCAGUGUCCAUCGUGCCAUUUCUCUAUUAAUCAAAGUAUUUCUAAGACGACGAGUUGUCCAGAAUGUAAAAAUGAAUUGCAUUCAUGUACUGCUGCUGAGGUAGGGCAUACAUUUUUAUUAGACACAAAGUAUUCACUGCCAUUAAAAGCGACAAUUAUAGAGCAGAAUAAACCGACACCUAUGGUAAUGGGCUGUUUCGGUCUAGGAUUAAGUCGUAUCAUUACAUUAGUUGUCGAAAUCUUGUCAACAAAUGAUGAGAUGAGGUGGCCUCUAAAGUUAGCACCAUAUACAGUAUGCAUUAUACCACCAAAGGCUGGAAGCAAAGAAGAAAGUACGUCUGCUUAUGUUGAACAGCUAUUUGAGAUAUUCUAUAAACGUAAUAUUGACACAAUAUUGGACGAUCGCACGCAUUACACGAUUGGUAAACGAUUAGUGUUUGCGCGUCAAUCGGGUUAUCCUUACAUAAUUGUCAUUGGCAAAGCGGCAACCCAAUCGAUUCCUUUAUUUGAAAUUCAUGAUGUGAAUAAUUCAACUUAUCAUGAAUUAUCAUUAGAUCAGAUGAAUGAUUAUUUCGAUAAUAUAAGUGUUAAAGAUUAG